CGUAGAAACUUGCCGGGAAAGCCGAAAAACGAGAUAGCCGGUAACGAAUCAAAAUGGACGGCGAUGGUGUUCUUCAUCUUUCAACUUCAAAUUCCCGCGCUUCCCUUUCUUCAAUCGCCGGCUUCGACAGUUUUCCUCCUAAUUCGAAGCUCCAAAAAUGGAACCAUGGGAAGCCCUUGAUCUUGAUUACUCCGACGUACACUCCCUCCUCCGCCCUUUGAAGCGUCACCGUAGUCCCCAGCCCCUCUCCCCUUCCUCCGCCUCCACUUCCACUCUCUCUCUGCCGCUUCUUGAAACCUGCUCUCUCCCCCCUUCCCAGUCCCAACCCCGGGUUGAUAACCUCCAAUCGGAGUUGAGUUUAUCACCUCAGGCUUCAAUUUGUCGAUCCCAACGGAUUUCAACUGAAUUAGAGGCCUCGUGUCCGUCCGGUGCGUCUACACGUAUCAUUCCUGGUCCUGCUGGAGCGGUUCAGGUAGCAAUGCAGCGUAGAACUCGUGGUGAUCACUCUUGUGUCGGUGAUGAAGAGCCCGUUCCUACUCAGGAGUACAUAAGGAGAGUCAUUGAGAAUGGGGAUGAAGAGGACGAUGAUUUCAAUCGCAGUGCGUGGGUUUGCGCUUUGGAUUUUGUCCGCGGCAUAGGUGCGAUGGAGGGUAAUGGAGCUGUGUCUGAAACUCCUUUGAACUCUAUCAAGAAUGGCUUCAUCGAUGAGAAAGUUGGUUUUGUCGUAGCCAUUAUCAAAUCUUGUACCUCAAAUGGUCUGGGUGGAAUGAUGGUAGCUUUAAAGGAUCCAACAGGUACAAUAGACGCUAGCAUCCACCAUAGAGUCAUUUCUGAAGGAAAUUUUGGGAAGGACUUGUCUGUUGGUGCAGUUUUAAUAUUGCAGAAGGUUGCCGUGUUUUCUCCCACUCGUUCUGUACAUGUGCUCAAUGUAACAAGAAGUAACGUUGUCAAGGUUAUCUCCAAGGACAGUGGACCUCUUAUAAAGCAUAAUAGCCCUACAGCAAUCAGACAGUCUGAUUCUAUAACUGGAGAUACACAUGGAGUACACAUGCCGCAGAUGAAUUCUGAUGUAUCACGUGAAUCAACUCAAAAUAUCAUGAACAAUCUAAAGCAAAAUUCUAAAUUGAGAGGGAAUGGACUAGAUGAUUUACAAACAGGAAAAGGAAUUGCUGCAUCGUCUAGAAAUUGGAAAUGGAAUGAAACCGUUGGAAACCGACAGUCCAUCGAGAAAGAAGGGGGAGUGAUAGAUGUGGGUAUCUCUAAAGGAACCCCAAGUGUUGGUUGUAACACAGUCCAUGUUGAUCAGGAUCAAGGAAGAGGAUCGGAUGAGCCUAUCAACCAUCCUAUGGGUACAGAUCCAGCCAAAGAAAAUGGUGCUGCAUCCAACACUGUUCAACUCCCAAAUAAUCAAGAAGUUGAAACAAUCAAUGAGAUGAAAAAGACAGUCACACGAACACAACAACCAUUACUUCCACAAUGGACAGAUGAGCAGUUAGAUGAGCUCUUUGUAUUUGACUGAGGUAAUGUAAUCUUGAAGCUUAUUUCAGUAGGUUAUAUCAGUGGAAGUUCUUGCAAAAGAUAGGUCCUCUUCAUCACUGCCCAAAAUCUACAAUCUACAAUCUCUUUCGACGACAUGGGAACUGGUUUUUCUUCAUAAAUCUACAAUCUCUUUCUGUGAAGAAGCAACUGACUAAUAUUUUACAGCAGUUCCAGCUUGGGAAUUUUGAGGGAGAGAUUAACUGUAGUUUGAUUGAGAUAUCAAAGUGUGACAAAUGCAAUGCACUUGAAUUAGGCACGUUUAAGAGGAAGUUUAAGAGAAUCAAAAUCACUCCAACAUACUUUUUA